AUGAGAACGAAAAAAACCGAAGUGCAACAAUUCACCAAAAAAGACAACCGAAAAACUGAACCAACACCAAAUGAUGCGCGAUACACCACAAAUUUCAGUUCACCAGGUUCGGUGCCAAAACGUUAUCGAAGUGUGGUCAGUAAUGCAACGCCAGUGACAAUAUUUGGUGUGAAAACUGAUGAAAAUCGGGCGCGUUCUCAUUCGCCUGGCAAUCACAUUGAAUCGCAAGUUUCUCAACGGCCAUUGAAACCUGUUCGCGAAUUUCUCACCACACAAACACUAGUCAACGAAAACUCAGAUGGUCGUCAACGCUCGUCUUCUCAUACAAAUGGUUUCGCUCGUUCACACACCGAAGCAACAAUACAAAAUGUAAAUAUGGCUUUAGCACAAACAGCGAAUAAGCUACGUCCAGAUCCCCUCAAUUCACCUAUGCCAGGAACACGCUCAUUAACAACUCUCAAUGAACUGUUUACCACUCGACCGACAACUACUCGACCAGUAGUUUACCAAAAUACGGGCACGACAACAUCCACAAACUAUUAUUUUCAAGGAUCGAAUGAAACGAAAAAACCUUUACCACCUGACCUCACAUCACGACGGCCGACGAAUUUUUUUGCAGCAACGAGUACAUCACAGCAUCGAGUGACAACUGGAACGGGUCCACUGAUCGUUACACGAUCGACAGCAGCGGCGAUAAAUGAUUAUGUGAAUGCUCGUACGUCAACACCGCUACGUGCUUUUUCAACUAACUUGGAAGUCGAUGUCCAACCAUCCAAUUCAGAUAAUGCAGUGUUCAAUAAUCAUACCACGAAGUCUAAAACUAGUAAAACUGAAACCAAUCAACAAAAAGUUAAAUCUCGUAAACUAUCCCCUGCUUCACAUUCAUCACCAUCCGACAAACAUCAACGAGCACUACCAGAGGUCAGUGUUCAUCCCCAGUUUCAAAGUUCAGCACAAGAAAAUCGCCACCAAUUACCGCAUCCAACUUCAUCCAUCGCUACUGUUGAAACUUAUGCGAAUUCCCGUCAGACACAAAUCGAAUCCCACAACGACAUGAGACGAAUAUCUGCGUCAAGAAAAUCACCGCAAGUUAUCAAUGUACAACCAAAUGUUACUAUGGAACAACAGCCCUCCUAUUCUCCACCUCCAACACCUCGUCGUUCGACCAGAACCAAAGAUUCUACCAAGCCUGUGCAUUCUAAUGAACAAGGAUUGACUCACGGAAGAACGCACACUCAUCUGAACGAUAACGAUAGUGUAUCAGCAAUAAACCAAGAAGAUACGAGUAAUCGACUUUUUCUAUCACGUCGGAAUGAAAAUCCACUUCGAGCGAGUUCAGAAACACUAAUCGAUCGUAAAAACAUCAGAGGUGAUCGGCCGACGAGUCGACUUAACCUUUACGAUGAUGAGUCAGAAUCAGAAAUAACUGUCACCGAAAUACCAAGUAAAGAUUACGAUGUCGCUCAUCAUAAUGAUCAUGCGGCAAGUGAUUUAGUCAGUGACGUUUGGUCAGACUUAACUAGUGAAUUCAGUGCAACUAAAUUACGCAAACAUUCACACGUUCGUACAUCCACACCCAAUCUGACUCGACGUAGUUCCAGUUAUAGUUCGAAAGAAAUUCGACAGUUACGCAAACAAUUGAAUAGUCUUCAGAUAAUGUAUGAAGAUCUAUUCAGAGUAUUAGAUAAUGAUGCUGAAACCGUCAAAGACAAUGCGAAGACGAAUGCUGCCUCUACAGUAGAGCGUAAUGAACGAAAACAUCGUUUCCGGAAAAUGCUCGCCAUGCGUCAGCCAAGUAUUGAUAUGAAAGAAAUCAAUCAACGCUUCACUCGUCUCGAAUCCUCUAUAGUAACAUUAGCUGAGUCCAUCGCGAAAUUAUCUGCACAAGUUCAACUUCAGCGUGGCGUUAAAGAUGAAGUUGCUGAUCUGCGCGCCGAGGUCGCUGAACUUCGACAACAAAUAUCCCAUCAGCCAACUCGUCUCCUAUCUGCCAGUGUUCAACAUUUGGCGGCAAUAAACACCACCAAUUCCAUCAAUAUGUUCACCCCGAGCAGUCCACGUCCAACUACCAUCAUUGAUCCUCGACAUGCACGAAAAAUCGAACAAUUCUUUGGUACCGAAGUAUUGCUUCAUUAUUUUCUUACUUUAUUAAAUUAUCAAGAGUAUAUUUCCAUAUUUGAAAAAGAAAAUAUCGGCUUUUGUGAAUUAGCAUUUGUGGACGAGAGGAAAUUACAAGGUUUUGGCAUACCACAUGGUCCAUCGAUACGCAUUAUUUACGAAGCACAACAAUAUUUCACUUCAUUAUUAACAUUCAAAUCCAAUCGAAUCGAUGUAUAA